AUGGGUCUUUUCGACACGCUCCCACGUCCGACCAAGACUUACCAUUCCAAGACCUACGACCGCAUCUCGCCGUCCGCUAGCCAGUUUGAUGGCAAUGGCAAGACAGUUCUGAUUACCGGCGGCUCUGAAGGUAUCGGCUUCAGCAUCGCUAAAUCUUUCGCAGAAGCAGGUGUAGCGAAGAUCAUUAUCGUCUCUCGCUCAGCUGGACCUCAAGCAGACGCUUCGAAGGCAAUCAGAGCCGACUUUCCGACUACAGAAGUGCAGACCAUCGCGAUGUCUAUCACAGAUCUUCAACGCGUGACCGAGGUCAUGCGCAGCACAAACGCCAUCGACGUUCUCGUGCUGAAUGCGGUCGUUGUUCCUCAGCACGAUCCCGGCGGCGCUGAACUUGAGCAAGAGGCUAUCUACGAGAAAACCUUCUUCGGCAACGUGAUUGCACCCUUGCACAUGAUCAAGCAAUACAUUGAACAACCAUCGCCGAAAACCAAGACCAUCAUCAACAUUUCUGCUGCUUCCGCACACAUGGACUUGCCGAGUGUCGCGAAAUACGGACCUUUCAAGGCUGCAUUCGCGACUCUUUGCCAGCAGUUGGCUACUAAGCACAACCCCGAGAAUGGCGUGUACAUUUUCAAUAUCCGCCUCCCUGGCAACUUUGUAGUAUGGCUGUCAGGAUCUGAGGGUGCCUUCUUGCAUGGCAGAUUCUUGUGGGCGAACUGGGACGUCGAUGAGCUGAUUGAACUGAAGGACAAGGUUGCAAAGGACCCUACGUUCUUGAAACUGGGCCUACUAAUGUAG